AUGUUGUCCUCCACGGUUUCCCGAUCGAGCGCCAAGGCCGUGCAACAGGUCUCCCGCCGCGGCUUCCACGCUACGCGGUUACGAGCACGAGACAUCGAGUCCCCUGGAUAUCGUCCAUUCCAUUACCCCGAGGGACCACGAAGCAACAUUCCUUUUGACCCGUUGAAGAGGGGAUUCGCGAUCAAGUACUGGGGAUUCAUGGCUGUCGGGUUCGGUGCUCCUUUCGGAAUCGCAGUGUGGCAAACGUACAAGCCGAAAUAA